CACACAUCAUCAAUAUUUACAAACGUAUUUUUCCCUUUAUUCAUUUUUUUUUUUAAUUUCUUGUUUGUAAAUAAAAAUGGAUACAACAUCUUCUAGUUAUGACUUUACAGAAAAAGAAACAGCUCGUCUUUUUGAACUUCAAAGACGACAGAAUGAGUUAUUACGACCGGAUAUUGACAAAAGCGAAGAAGAGCUUUUAAAACUCGAUGAAGACAUGGAUGACUUUUCAGUUUUAAAGAAAAGAAAAGGCCCUACUGUACCCGAUUUAAGAUUUGAAAAACAAUUUGAAGCUUCAUUAGCUCGUUUAAAAGAAAAUGGUGCAUCUAAUAUUUCUAUUUUCUAUUCUGCAGUCAUUAAAGACCAAAUCAUUAUGCCGUUCAUUAGUGGAUUUGCUUGGAAUGUAUGUUCAGCUGCUUGGAAAUGGUAUAGAACAAAGAAUGUGAUGAAUACUAAAAAGAAAAUUGGAUUCUUUCAUGGUAUUCAAAAUAUGAUGACACAAUGGUCAAAGUAAGUUUAAAGAUCAUAAUAGUAUUUAUUAAUUAAGUUGUACAUUCUAUAGGUUAAUCUAUAAUACUUUAACAC